CUCUUUUAACACGGAGGUACAAAUGGUUUUUAGUUUAUAAAAAAUCGGAAUACCUUUGGACUUCACAUAACUAGAAAAGUUAGACGGACAGAAUGGCGUCUGCAGGAACAGGUAAGAUGACAGUGAAUCCAGACAUCGCCAAAGAACGUCGGAAUGCAGGUUUCCACGUGGAAAAUCUUACCAACUUUAUCUACCACGGACCAGAAAGAGUGAGAAGGAGGCGCUAUAUGCAGAACAUAGCUCUCCAGGACCCUGUAAUGAAGGACAGUAAGCCCUGGGCCUUUAGGACACGAGAGGAGGAAUAUGAGCUAUCACUUCGUAAACAGCUCCACGUCCUCCAACGCCAGAAAGACCUUGGCAUAACAGACGAAUUUGACAAGUUCUACUACAAUGAAGCUACAGCUCCCAACGAGAACAACCCAGUUGGUCUACACUUCGGCAUGUUCAUACCAACCAUAGAGAAGCAUGGCACUGAGGAACAGAAGAAGAAGUUUGUGCAGCCAGCAAAGGACCUCAAGAUCAUAGGAACAUAUGUUCAGACUGAACUAGGACACGGAACCUUUAUCAGAGGUCUGGAAACAACAGCCACAUUUGACCCCAAAACCCAGGAGUUUAUUGUGGACACGCCUACUCUUUCAGCAACCAAGUACUGGCCUGGAAAUUUGGGAAAAACUGUCAACUACUGCAUCCUCAUGGCCCAGCUGUACUCUCAGGGAAAAUGCCAAGGUCCACAUAUGUUCCUGUGUCCCCUCAGGGACCUCACCACCCAUCAGUCACUUCCAGGAGUGGAAUUGGGUGACAUUGGACCAAAGUUUGGCUUUAAUGCAAAUGACAAUGGCUACCUUCGACUGAACAACUUCAGAAUUCCUCGCAUCAACAUGUUGAUGAGGUAUUCCAAGGUGCUGGAAGAUGGUACUUACGUGAAACCUGCUAACUCCAAGCUGUCCUACGGAUCUAUGGUGAUGAUACGAGCAUCUAUUGUCGGAGCAGUGUCGAGGGCUCUGGCUCAGGCCUGUGUCAUUUCUGUCAGAUAUAGCGCAGUUCGUAGACAGACAGAAGUCUCCCCAGGAGGACCUGAAGCACAGAUUCUAGACUACCAAACACAACAGUACAAGUUGUUUCCUCUGGUAGCCACAGCGUAUGCCUACCACUUUGCUGGGCAGGCAGUGCAAUCCAAUUUUCUAAACAUCUCUAAGGAGAUAGAGGCUGGAAACCUUCAACAAAUGCCAGUGUUGCAUGCUUUGUCUGCCGGCCUGAAAGCGUUCAGUUCCUGGGGUGCAUCAGCGGGAAUCGAGGUGUGUCGUAUGUCAUGUGGGGGUCAUGGUUACUCGCUGGCCAGCGGGCUUCCGAAGAUCUACACGAAUAUUACCCCAGCGUGUACGUAUGAGGGAGAGAACUCUGUCAUGAUGCUUCAGACAGCCAGGUACCUGUUCGAGUGUGCGAUGAUGGUCCAGAAGGGACAAAGAUUACCUGACCUUGUGUCUUACCUUAGUAUGGACCUGUCUGCUAAGUCAUGUAUGACAUCUGAUGUUGCUCUUGGCUGCCUGGUCAAGGCAUAUCAGCACAGGGCUGCCAGACUGACCAAUGCUGCCACAGCAGUCGUUCAGAGACACAUUAAUGAAGGUCAGAAACCCACAGAUGCUUUCAAUAUGGCGUCCACUCAAUUGACUUGGGCAGCAAGGGCACACUGCCACCAGUACGUUGUCAAGGUGUUUGUAACCACGGUAACUGAGGCCAAUAUUGAUGACAGAACCAAAGCUGCACUGACCACUCUGUGUAAAAUGUACGCAGUCAAUGGGAUCAUGGAAAACCUUGGCGAGUUCUUACAGGACCAGUUUUUCAACACUGACCAAGUUGAUAUCCUCACCAGGAAGAUGAUGACACUUCUGGCUGAUGUGCGACCUGACGCUGUAGCUUUGGUGGAUGCCUUUGACUACCACGACAAAGUGCUAGAUUCCUGUCUGGGACGAUAUGAUGGAAAUGUGUAUUACGCACUCUACGAGUAUGCCAAGUCAUCACCACUGAACGAGAAAGAUGUGCUUGACUCUUUCCACAAAUAUAUUAAGCCACUGAGAGAGGGGCAGGCCACUUCAUCCCUCCCAUCACGAUUGUAAGGACAGGGAAUAAUUAACCAAGUGUGAAUAGGGGAGGUAAUCCUUCUCUUGUAUGAUAGAGGACAGAAAAAGUUCCAGGUAUCAGACUAGUUUACUGAACCUGUAUGAGCAGGACAACACAUGGUAAAUAUUCAAAAUGUUCAAGUGAUCUAGAAAUGAAAUGAUGAGUUUUCAAAUUAUUUUAUUUUAAAUCAAAUUUCGACAUAGAUAUAUUUCAGCUUUUUGUUCAAAUUUUUACUGUGAAAUCACUGCUGUGAUGACCCCAUUGAUGAGAGUGUCCUAGCUGUCUGUGGAGCUGAAGACUUCAGCUUUAAGAUUGAAGACACUGUUGACAAAAGCAGUACUUCUGUGAUACCUCCUUCAUGUACAACUUUGAGGACAUGGGAGGCAAACCAUCCCAAUUCAUUUGUUGGUGGCUUGGGAGAUGUAACUCCCCAAGCUAAGCUGUGAAAUUUGUGCAACUACCAAACAUAAUUUUAAAAACCUGUUAAUUAUCCUGGAUCAGACCAGCUAAAACAUUGAGGAGCUACCUUCAACAUUUUGAAUGGAAAAGUACUGCAGUAUUCAACGAUAUCUAGGUAGAAUUCUUACUGUGAAUAUCAAAUAGGAAAAGCAGAUUUUGUUAUUAAUUCAUUAGUUUCUUCAAAAGUAUGUAUCAAUUCUAGUUUAAAAAUCUUAAUCAGAAAACUAUUUAUGAACAUAGUAGCACAAAAACAAAUUACAAAUGACCAGAAGAUAUUUUGGAAGCAGCUGAAUAUGAUUUGUUUAGUAAUAAGUGCCUAUAAUGUAGCAUUGUCUUUGAAACUUUGUAUUUUAUGUUACACUUAAAUAUAACCUGAAAUAUUAAACCCAUCUCCCCAAUACUCCCAACACUUCAAGAGCUGCCUCAUGCUGAAUUCAAACUUAAGUCCCUCCUACUGUAACAUAGACAUAAAGCCCAAACUUAAUCUCUCAUAGACUUACAUUGAGUCCUUAGCUCAAUAUUAGGCUUCCAUAAACUAACCAUAAAGGAUUAUACUCAAACGUGGUCACCAAUAGACUUAACAUGGGGACAAUAGCUCAAACUUAACCUCCAGUUGACUAAACAUAGACACUUAAGCUCAGACUUAAGUUUCCUAUAGAUUUAACAUAGAGUUUUAAGCUCAAACUUGGUCUCCCAUAGACUUAAUUUGAGACUUAACUCAAACUGUGUCUCCGAUAGACUUUACAGAAAGACAAAAGCUCAAACUUAACCUCCCAUAUACUGAACAUAGGGGCUUACUCAAAAACCUAAUCUCCGAAGACAUAAGAUAGAGACUUAAGCUCAAACUCAGCUUCAAAUUGACUCGAAAUUGGGUGAUAACCUGCAGUACAGCUAUACAUGUAUGAAUUGCUUAGAAAUGAGAGCUUUUUGUAGCAGUUCUCCUAUGGCUUUAUAUGGUGUACUUGCUGUAUCAAUAGUGCUUGUACAAUCUUGCUUAUUUUUUAGAAAAUUGAUAUUUAUAAUAUUUUGUUAUCGUGAUGUAAGACAUGGUAUUGAUAAUGUAGUAGUGUAUAGCAAGAUGUCUUCACAAUGUGUUUAUCUUUGCAUGUUCACAGUUUCUGCAUAGUCACAAUUUUUUUAAAUUGUCAAAAUUUCUAACUACAAAAUCAUUUGCAAAUUUAAAACGUUAAAAAAUGUGAUGAUGAAUGUAUCAUGUAUAUAAAUUAUAAUAAUUGUG